UCAUCAAGCGUAUAAAAGAUACAAUGCAUCUGCAGUCGAACCUCAGUUCUAAGCCAGAAGUAGAACAGAAAUUAAGUUCAACGAAGAGCCGCUUUAUCAGCGAGUUAUAUUCCACAAUGAUUCAUCAGUCGAGUUCGCACUUGUGGCUGUCUAUCUUGAUGGUCGCGAGUGGAGUUUGCAUGAUAAGUGCCCAAGUUCCAUUUCCCGGCAAGUGUCCGGAUGUCAAGCUGCUAGACACCUUUGAUGCGGAGGCGUACAUGGGUGUCUGGUAUGAGUACUCCAAGUACCCCUUUGCCUUUGAAGUCGGUAAGAAAUGCAUCUACGCCAACUACAGUAUCAUUGACAAUAGCACUGUUUCUGUGGUCAAUGCGGCUAUCAACCGAUUCACUGGAACACCCUCGAAUGUAACUGGACAGGCCAAGGUUCUUGGACCUGGCCAACUGGCUGUGGCAUUCUAUCCAGGCCAGUCAUUAACGACGGCCAACUACAUUGUGCUGGGCACCGAUUAUGAAUCAUAUGCCGUAGUCUACAGCUGCACUAGUGUAACACCCUGGGCAAAUUUGAAAGUCGUUUGGAUCUUGACUCGUGAGCGUGAACCUUCAACGGAGACAGUUGAUAAGGCCAAGAGUGUCUUAGAUGAGAAUAAGAUAAACCAGGCCUUCCUCAUCGAUACCCUUCAGAAGAAGUGUCCCCAGUUGGAGGGAAAUGCCACUGAGCUAACCGGAGACGAUGACCUCGAUGUGGAUGACUUUGUGACCACUGUGGUGCCAAAUGCCAUCGAAAAGGCAUGAGAAUGGCUGCGACGCUUCUAUGAGCGUCUCUACGACAUAUUUAUGAAUUUCUUAAGUUACUAAGAGUUUGGUUUUUUCCAGUGUACAUAUGUAUUUCGAUCGAUAGUUAGAUGUUCAUUGAUGUUUAAAUUUUAACUAGUUGUUAUUUCGAGCAAUAAAACGAUUUAAUCGAUGAA